GCUGUUGGUCAGAUGUGUUCUACAUCAAGUAUGAAACACAAUCUUACCCAAGUUCAAGUCCUGGUUCAGAAAGCUGUUGAAGCAGGUGCAAAGGUAGAAGCAAUUUCAUUGAUAUGCAUUAUGUUUCACACCUUAAGCACAUAUAUGCUCACCACGAUAUGGAGAGCGCAGGCACUUUUCCUUCCCGAAGCAUCCGAUUAUAUCAGCCACUCUCUAGCUGAGACAUUGAGUCUUGUGCGGCCAAUCGAAGAUAGCAUCUAUGUGAAAGGCCUACAGAAAGAAGCCAAAGAUAAUAAGCUAGCUAUCAAUGCUGGCAUCCAUGAACCUGGUGAUGACAAGAAAUCUGGUAAGAUUAAGAACACUUCGAUUUGGAUUUCUGAGGAUGGCGAGAUCAUCGAGAGAUACAAGAAGCUGCAUCUGUUCGAUAUGAAUCUCACCAAUGGGCCUCAGGCACAUGAGAGCGACGUCUUCGAGGAGGGAAUGGAAAUUGUACCGCCUCUCCAGACACCGGUUGGUUUGGUGGGUCUCUUGAUAUGCUUCGAUUUGCGAUUCCCAGAAGUGCCCCUGUCCUUGAAACGUCAAGGAGCACAGAUUAUCACUUAUCCUUCAGCCUUCACAGUGCCAACAGGCAAGGCACACUGGGAAAUCCUCUUGCGUGCAAGAGCUAUCGAAACUCAGUCGUAUGUUGUUGCAGCAGCUCAAGCCGGUCAUCACAAUGAGCAGCGAGUCACCUAUGGACAUUCAUUGAUUAUUGGUCCAUGGGGUGAUAUUCUGGCGGAGUUGGGAGGAGAAUUCAACGGCCCGGAAAUCGCAACAGCCACGAUAGACCUCACUGUUGUAAACAAGCUUCGUCAGGAGGUACCACUCAAGAGGCGUACAGAUGUAUAUCCAGAAUUAUAAAACUUGUCGAGCCAUGAAAUGUGCUCCCAAGAUGAUCCUAGCUGUACCUCAAUGCGCAGAUAGUAGCGAUGACGAAUGUCCAACACGACUUGGAACUUUCGGAUUCAAUGACUCGACAGACAGAUAUAUAACUCGAGCUUGCUUCCUCUUCUCACUUGAAUCGCCAUCUUGCUCUUAAAGUACUGUUCUGCACAACAGUGGAAAUUGAUACGAAAAAUAAGCUUAAGCUAGUCUUGAUAAAGUCACCCCUCAAGCACUGACGUAGGAAGGCGCCUCGCGAGGCGGUGGAAAUCUGCAGAGAUGCCAAGGAUGUUUAACUGGGCCAAGCAACAACUUGCAAAUGUCGCAGGUACUCCUGAAC